CGCCAGGGGUCGCUCGCGCGCGGCUCCGCGCGCGCACCCCGGAAGCGGCGGCGGCAGAACCCGGAAGUGUUGGCGGGGCAGGAUGGACGACACGCUCUUCCAGCUGAAGUUCACAGCAAAGCAGCUGGAGAAACUCGCCAAAAAAGCCGAGAAGGACUCUAAGGCCGAGCAAGCCAAAGUCAAAAAGGCUCUCCAGCAGAAGAACGUGGAGUGUGCUCGUGUCUACGCGGAGAAUGCCAUCCGCAAGAAGAACGAAGGCCUCAACUGGCUCCGCAUGUCCUCCCGCGUGGACGCCGUGGCCUCCAAGGUCCAGACAGCAGUGACCAUGAAGGGGGUGACGAAAAACAUGGCCCAGGUGACCAAGGCCUUGGAUAAGGCUCUGAGCUCCAUGGACCUGCAGAAGGUGUCUGCAGUGAUGGAUAAAUUCGAGCAGCAGGUUCAGAAUCUGGACGUUCAUACGUCGGUCAUGGAGGACUCCAUGAGCUCUGCUACCACGCUGACUACGCCGCAGGAGCAGGUGGACAGCCUCAUCGUGCAGAUCGCCGAGGAGAAUGGCCUGGAGAUCAUGGACCAGCUCAGCCAGCUCCCCGAGGGCGCCUCGGCCGUGGGGGAGAGCUCCGUCCGCACCCAGGAGGAUCAGCUGUCCCGGAGAUUGGCUGCCUUGAGGAACUAAGCUCUCCUGUCACCUCCGUGGACUGCUGCCCUGCACCGGUGGUACAGCCUGUGGGGUGGAGGAGCCUGGGACUCUUUCCCCACCACUGUCCUUGUUCUGACUCACCAGUCCUCCAGCAGCACAUCCCCAGCCCUGCCUGUGUUUGGACUCUUCUUUUGGGCUGUGAGGGUGACACAGGCGCAGCGAUCUUGGCUCUGGGGGGGAAGUUCUGAGCCUCUCUGGGCUGCAGGAAGGCUUUGCCGCUUCUGAUUUUUGGGGUGUUUUUCAUUUGAGACUUGCUGCUGGUUCCUGGCAACGUCCUGCUACUGAUUUGACACUGAAGGAACCCUUCUGGGGACAAGUUGGGGGUGUCUCCUGGGGCACUGCUCUCCGGAGUCCCCUCUGUAGGUGGCACACUCCUGUCGUUGGCUGUUUGAGGCCGCAUCUCCCAGCCCUGCAGCAAGGAGCUGUUUGCAAGGAGCAGGGAGAUCCCUGGGGCUUCUUUGGAAGGGUUUGCCUGGCCAGGGUGUUUAUGGGAAGGUUUGUGCCUUGCAGGAAGGGGAGGUGACAUGGUGGCAUCCCUUCCCAAGCUGAAGCUGGGUGGUGUUUGCAGGCUUCACCUCUUGGAUCUCCAGCUCCUUGUCCUGCCCUGCCCAACCUCCCUGCGCCACAAAGUGACCUUUGAAACGCUUGUCCCUGCCCCACUGUGUGUGUGAAUCCCUGGGGACUGGAAAUGGUUAUCCAGGCCCUGACCUCCUGCUUGGACUUUUCCCACAUCCAGCAGCUGGGAGCAGGGUUGCAGCAGCUGUGGUGGCCACAGCCUCGUCCCCAAACGUCCCCGUGGCCGGAUGGCUGCGACGGUAAAUCUCAGCCACCCUGGGAGUGUGGCCAUGGCUCUGUCCUCUCCAUGUCUGCUGCUUCACACCACUACACUCUGCUGUCCCUCUGCUCUGUGCUCUCUAACCUGGCUGGAUGAGGGCAGGGGUUGCUUCUGUCCCCUCCUCCCAAAACCUGGCUGCUUAUCCCUUGGAGCUGUCUCCUGGGGCUGAAGCUUUCUGUACCCUGUGACUCCCAGACCACUGAGAUUGUGAACUGAUGGGAAGCUGGAGGUGCUGGGUUGACAGGAAGCUCUGGAUUGAUGGGAAUCUUGCCAGGAAGGAAAAGCCAUUUCCUUUGGCUCUCUGGAGGAGCAACCUUAACCUCUCUGCAGGCCGUAAGUGAGGGUCAGGGCCAGUGCUGAGCUGCGCCAGGUGUGGCCAGGGGCUGGCAGAUGUUCCAGUUUAUCAUUUAUAGAGGGAAUUUCAGGCCCUGCACAGCUUCUUUGGGCUGUGCUGCCAGGAGGGGAGGGAAGGGUGAGGAGAGGGGAGGCAGCUCUGUCCCACCCCCACUGCUGGCUGGUGUUCCCCGAGGUGGGGCAGGGCUCAUCUCCCCAGCACACAACACAAACAUUUUGCCCUGUUUCGGUGAGUGGCCUUGGCGGCGUGAGACCGACGGAGCCUCCUUCCCCAGCAGGAGAGGGUGGCUUCGGGCUACGAGCCCCCUGUGUGUGGUGGGGUGUUGGAUCUUGUGCCACCUCCCCAGAAAGCAGGAGCCCCACUCAGUCCUGCUCCCUGGCAUGGGUGCCAUCCUUAGGAGGGGCCUGGGACGCACCCUGUGGCCUGGGGAGCCCCUGAGCUG